UGACCUCCUUCACCAAAUAUUGGCACUGAGGAAUGAGGAAAAUAUGAAACUUAAAGAGUACUGCCUGUUUUAUGACCACCUACUUGGUUUUAGUUGGUGGACGGUUACUGCUAACGCUGCUAUCAUCGCAGCGAUGCUAAUGCUUAAGCUGAUGGAAGUUGAGGUUGUAUAAUAAGGAGCAACAGAAGUACUGAGAUACAAGCUUUGUCCUGACUGCAAGGUAAGAACCACAUUGGUACAUAAAUGCAAACAAAAACAAUUUAACACGGUAAGUGCCACCACAUCCCAUGCUACUAAUACUGUUAUGGAUGGAUUCUCUGUGACUCUUUAGAAUGGGGGACACAUUUAUAUGCGAAUUACGUGCUUAUUAACACAUUAAUAAUUCAGUAAUUCUGUUAUUGUUUAUUGUUGUUAUUGAACUUGACACAAACUGGUACAUUAUAGCGAUUAAUUGGAGGCUAAUAUGUUGCUAGUAGUGUCCAUGUAUAAAUAAGCAAUAUAUCUUCUCUACAACCGAAUUUACGUACUACUGCUUAUUAUUUCUUCUUCUAUACAUUCACUUUUAAGACUAUCAACACAACGGCUACAUUUUCCACUGCUACCACUAGUAUUAGUGUCAGUACAAAUAGUAAAUAAAUAAAUACUUUUGAAUGUACAAAUUACUACUGUUCUACGGCUUUGAAUAGUUUAACUACUAAUACCUUCAUGAAGCAAGUCAUUGUGCUAGUACUCCUAAUAUUAGUACCUACUACUGCUGCCAGCUGUUCAUGGAUAUUAUUUAUUUAUUUAUUUAUAUUAUUUAUUCUUCUGUACCUGAACUUUUAAGACUUUCAACACAAGUGCUACAUUUUCCUCUGCUACCGCUAGUGUUAGCGUCAGCAAAAAUAAUAAAUAAAUAAAUACUUUUGAAUAUACAAAUUACUACUGUUCUACGGCUUUGAAUAUUUUUACUACUAAUACCUUCAUGAAACAAGUUAUCGUGCUAGUACUCCUAAUAUUUGUACCGUUACCUUUUGGUAACUCUAGUUACUGAUAGUAUAGUUACAUGACUACACACUAGAACUAGUUGUCAAAUACCACAUUCUUCCUUUACUAGUUGUUAUACUUCUAGAGUUAUAACCACAUCUCAUUCAUCAAUUAUUUCCUCUUGUUAUUGCUUCUCUGUCUGUCACUACUACUAAAGCAGUGACUUGGACAGUACAGUUACUGCUACAGUAGCACUACACAUUUUUAUUCUUACUGCUAUCAUUUUCUACGUAAUUGCAUACUUUUCCACUUGUUUCCUCUUCUGGUUCCUCUGUCAUUACAAGGUUCACUUUCACCCUCUUACUACUUUAUAUGAAUUGCUUUACUAUCAUUAGUAAUCUCACAGCAAUGUACCAUAGCUCUUCUUGUUUAUGUAUUUUUAAAAAAAAGUUAUGUUAUGUAGUAUGUUUACCAGUGUUACUACUACAGCUUCACUACUGCCUUUGUUUUCUGCUCAUUUCCUGAAGCUGUUACUGCGACUAACAUAACUUUAGUUUGCAGGGAUGUCCAUUGCAUAACAGCGUGUCUCUGACAGCAGAGCUCUUAUUUAUGUUCUGGUGCUUUAUGAAAACGCAUCUCUGGGUGAAACUCCAAACACUACUCUGCUAAUGAAUCGUCAUUCCAAUAAGGUAAAUUAUUCCAUUGAUCGAGGGGCAAUGCGGCUUCAGUUGAUGGAUGGAAUCCCCGGCUCAGUCGGUCUCUGAGGCAGAGAUCCAUCUUCCUCCUGGUGCGUCACCAGUGAAUGUCGUCGUUCCUGCUGGUGCCCCCCACUCCACCCCACCCCACCCCACCCCCUCCCACCUCCCGCUCACUUGAUAUUCGGACCUAAAACGGCGUGUUGAUCGAGAUCAGUCCUUGACGGUCCUCAGCAGCCUGAAGGAGAGAGAGCGACAGUGUGUGUUUUGUGCGUCCGCGAGUGAGUGUGUGCGCGCGUGUCAAACCACAUCCAGGACACACCGCUUUUCCGUCUCUGGGAAGCGCGAGGUGGUUUGAAAUAAACUCACCUAAAAGUACAAAGAGAGUCUCGGAGCAAUGACGCGGACUCUGGAUGUUGCGCUGACCCUCGUGCUCCUGUGCUGCCGGGGCGCCUUCGCUGGAUACGGGAUGGGGAUGUUCGCAGCCCAGACCUCUCCUCCGGACCCCUGCUACGACGAGCACGGCAACCCCCGCCGCUGCAUCCCGGACUUUGUCAACUCCGCCUUUGGGAAAGAGGUGAAAGUGUCCAGCACUUGCGGAAAGACGCCCAGUCGAUACUGCGUGGUGACCUCCACGGACAAGGUGGACGAGAGGACCAGGAACUGCCACACGUGCGAUGCUUCAGACCCAAAGAAGUACCAUCCUCCGGCGUACCUCACUGACCUCAACAACCCGCACAACCUCACCUGCUGGCAGUCCGACAACUUCAUCCAGUAUCCGCAGAACGUCACGUUGACUUUGUCCCUCGGUAAAAAGUUCGAGGUGACCUACGUGAGCCUGCAGUUCUGUUCCCCCAGACCAGAAUCCAUGGUCAUAUACAAGUCCAUGGACUACGGGAAAACGUGGGUUCCGUUCCAGUUCUACUCGACCCAGUGCAGGAAGAUGUUUAACAAGCCGAACCGGGCCGUGAUCACCAAGCAGAACGAGCAGGAGGCGGUGUGCACGGACUCCCACACCGACAUGUACCCGCUGACCGGCGGCCUGAUCGCCUUCAGCACCCUGGACGGACGGCCGUCCGCCCACGACUUCGACAACUCCCCGGUGCUGCAGGACUGGGUGACGGCCACCGACAUCAAGGUGGUCUUCAGCCGACUGCACACGUUUGGGGACGAGAACGAGGACGACUCGGAGCUGGCCCGCGACUCCUACUUCUACUCGGUGUCGGACCUGCAGGUCGGGGGCAGAUGCAAGUGUAACGGACACGCGUCGCGCUGCGUGAAGGACCGGGACGGAGGUUUGGUGUGCGAGUGCAAGCACAACACCGCAGGACCGGAGUGCGACAGGUGCAAACCGUUCCACUACGACCGUCCGUGGCAGAGAGCGACCGCCAGGGAGGCCAACGAGUGCGUGGCCUGCAACUGUAACUUGCACGCGCGCAGAUGCCGCUUCAACAUGGAGCUGUACAAGUUGUCGGGGAGGAAAAGUGGAGGUGUUUGUCUCAACUGUCGACACAACACGGCCGGUCGUCAUUGUCACUACUGCAAAGAGGGCUACUACAGAGAUCUGUCGAAGCCCAUCUCUCACAGAAAAGCCUGCAAAGCAUGUGAUUGCCAUCCCGUGGGUGCCGCUGGCAAAACCUGUAACCAAACCACAGGACAAUGUCCCUGUAAAGACGGCGUGACUGGUAUCACGUGCAACCGCUGUGCUAAAGGGUACCAGCAGAGCCGCUCGCCCAUUGCCCCCUGCAUAAAGAUUCCAGUCACUCCUCCAACAACCCCAUCCACCAGCACAGAGGAACCCUUAGACUGCGAGUCGUACUGUAAAGCCUCUAAAGGGAAGCUGAAGAUCAACAUGAAGAAGUACUGCAAGAAAGACUAUGCUGUACAGGUCCACAUCCUGAAGGCGGACAAGUCCGGCGAGUGGUGGAAGUUCACCGUCAACAUCAUCUCGGUCUACAAACAAGGCGAGAGUCGAAUCCGGCGGGGAGACCAGUUCUUGUGGGUGCGAGCCAAAGACGUGGCCUGCAAGUGCCCCAAGAUCAAGCCCGGGAAGAGGUACCUGCUGCUGGGGAACGACGAGGACUCCCCGGGUCAGAGCGGCGUCGUGGCCGACAAAGGCAGCCUGGUCAUCCAGUGGAGGGACACGUGGGCGCGGCGGCUCAGGAAGUUCCAGCAGCGGGAAAAGAAAGGCAAGUGCAAGAAGCCGUAGACGGACGCGGGAGGACGUCGGGGGAGAAUCCAGAGAAAGGCUGAGCGGGUCAAAUAAGAAUAUAAAUGAAAGAGACAAAAACAUUUAGACUGAAACUGUCCAUGUCGCUGCUUAUUUGUGUAGUAGCAUGAAGAGAAUCCUUUGUGUUUCCAGUGAACUUUGGUCGGAGCUCACUCUACAGAUUUGGUUUACGGUCUCUGAUAUCCGUCUCUUGUGGAUUUGCCGAAUUUGCACCAGUUACCAGUAUAUAAAGUCCUCCUCAUAUCUUGUUAUGAAAGCGUCCUAUUUUAUUAUUGGUGGACACUGAGAGACACCACUUCACCUCUGCGUGGUUCUCCUGUCUGUGGUACCAGCCGGGAGCCCGCCUCCUCACCUCUAUGCUUCUGAAUCGUGCCAUAAAAACAAGAAAACAUUGUUGUGUGUUGUCGCUCGUGGGUUCUCACGUUGCUGCGCGGCUACAUCUGCGCGUAGAUACAACAAACAAGCUCUGACUUCAGAAUAUCGCUAACCAAGGGUUGUUUAUCUUAUUAACUGAGGUUUGAACUAAACUCUCUAGUAAGUCUCCUUAGAUUCGUCGACAUAUUUACACCAGGUGAGAUAAAAGACACAAAGGUCUGACAACAUUAAACAGGUAAUAACAGAAAUAAUUCAAAAGUAUUGUUUAUUUAUAUCAGAUUUCAGAUGAAAAAGAGCCCUUCUUUUAUAACAUGGAUUUUUUCUGACCUACACUAACCAGCUUGAAAGCAUUUGUUUGGUGAUUUUCAUUUAGUUUUGGACACAAAGCAGCAGCCACACCCAAAUCUAGUGUUUUCCAUGUCCAGUCUACAAUCGUUUCAAAUGACACAGCUUUAUAUAUGCAUAUCUAAAAGCAAUGUCAAUUUUAUAUAUCCCAUUUUCUCAUCCCAUCAUCAUCACUGAUCUUUAUCUACGUUGUGGUUCCUGUUUAUGGACUAAAAAAGGUGGAAUUUUCCAUUCAGAUAACAACAGUCGAUGUCAUUUAAAUCUGACUGGUGCUGCUCCAUAACACACGCUUCUGCUCCCGCCAAAAAUAUACCAUGCCAUUCCAGAAGGUGUGCAUGUGACGUUAGCAGUAGUGAUGGGCUGGUGAGGCUUCGUGAAACAGCGUCUGCAUCUAGAGCCCCCUAGAUGGCGCUCUCUGCUCUAAAAUGUUUCACUUUAAACAACCUUACACCCUUUAGCGCCACCUUCUGAGCUCCGACACUGCUUCAUGAAGCACAAUGUUGAGGCAUCAAAUCAAAAUAUGAUAGUGUUCUUUCAAAUAUUUUCAAAUAUACACGAAAACAAUGUGUUUAUCACCAUCGCAUCAAUGAGUGAAGACACUUCCUUGUGUUGACACAAACCCUUCACAUGAACUGUCUAUGUUCGUGCCACUGUGAUAUGUUCCAUUACGGGCGGAUAAACAGCAUUUUGUAGUGUCCCAAUCCUGUAAUCCUGUUGUCUCUUUCCAAACAUGACAUCUUCUGUUUAGAUUCUGCGACAUUUGGCUCCUGAAUCUUAGUAAAUCACCAGCGGAAGAAGAAACUUUGUGAUAUUUAUUGCGUGAAAACAGAGAGUAGUGACCAUACAGUCCCACGAGUGAAAAAUGAAACAACAAUGAAAAGGAGACAUGAGUUGGGCUUCUUUAGGUAUCAUGGGGAUCAAGGGUUUUAUGUACUGGAGUUUAAAGCGCAGUCAUUCUAUGAAGUGAAGCUAGAGAGGAAUAAAGAAAGUUAAAUUCAGGAGGCGAUAUUUUUUUAAAGAUAUGAGAACGAAUCUAUACAUUUUUACGUAGAAAAAAAAGUAGUUCAUAGUUGUGAAACAAAAAAAGAAAACAAUAUUAAAAUUAAGUUUUACAAAAGGAGGAAAAUAAUAACGGAGCGACAGAUUCUUUUCAGACCACCAACUUUUUGGAAAGACAAUUAUGGUAUUUCAACCGGAGGACACUGCUGUUCACCUGCCACCCUCAUUCGUCACGCUGCGGGACAAAUGUGGGAAAUGGCAAUGACUGGAGGCCGCCAUGAUUCAAACCACAUUUCCCAAUUAUUUGAUGCAGUUUGCUUCUUUGUGUGGUCGCACGAUGCUUCGAACCUGGUCGAUCAUGAGCCCGUGGAGCGCCUCAUUUGAUGGAGAACAUCAGUCUUCCACUCCACAACACACACACACACACACACACACACCUGACAAAACCUUCCUUUGUGUUCAUGCUAUGAAUUGUAAAUGUUUAGCUGUCACUCAAACAUUUGACUUUUUGCGAUGUUGUUUUACGAGGUGUACUAAUAUAUUACAGUUAUUUCAUAUGAAUAUAUUUAAUGACACGAGACAUUGUGGAUUUUAUUGUCUUUCUCAAUGUUUUUUUUUUUAUUUGUACAUGUUUGUGGUUGUUUAGAUUGUUGCCAUUUAAUAAAAAAGAAGUAAUAACUACUGAACAAACCAACAUGGUAGAACUUAAUACAGAUUUUAGU